UGGGAUCCCCCCCCUCCACUUCACUCGAGCGCCAGCUCCAUCAACACCAGCGGUGCGGAGCGCGCGCUUCACUCCCUCGAACGCACUUUAACGCGCUUUAUGCAGGGACGCAUUCAGCUGGGAGGGGGUCUCUGGGGGUCUUGAUAGGACCGCUGUGGUUGUGGUGGUGAGAGGCGCUUUAAUGCGCAGCGCUCAGCGCUCAGCGCUCCUCCUCCUGCUCGUCUCUCUCUGAAGCUGUUCUCCUGCAGAACCCUGGAACAAGGAGGGGAACGUGAUGGAUCAGAGGCUCUUUCGCUACAUUGUGGCGCUGCUCGCUGUCCAGCGCGGAACUGCCUUCAACCUGGACAUCGAGAAGCCCUCCGUGUUCUCCGGACCGCAGGGCAGCUAUUUCGGGUUCUCGGUGGACUUCUUCAACCCUGCUGAUAAACAGUUGAACAUACUGGUAGGCGCACCCAAAGCCAACACCUCAUCACCUUCCUCUGUGCUGGAGCGAGGGGCGGUCUACAGCUGUCCCUGGCAGACCGGCGGCGUCUGUACACAGAUACAGUUUGACGACACUAAUGACCGGCGUGAGAAUGGCAUGCAGAUGGAGUUCAAGUCCAAUCAGUGGUUUGGUGCCACGGUUCGUUCCGAUGGAGAACACAUCCUGGCGUGUGCCCCGCUGUAUCAGUGGAGCACGUAUGGAUAUAAGGAACGCGAGCCUGUCGGGACCUGCUUCCUGAAGAAGGGAUCGACGGUGGUGGAGUACUCGCCCUGCCGCUCAGGUUCACCCACGCCUGAAGGUCAGGGCUUUUGCCAGGCAGGAUUCAGUGCUGACAUUAUAAAGAAUAAACGGGUCGUGAUUGGAGGACCUGGAAGUUUUUAUUGGCAAGGCCAGCUGAUAUCGGACGACAUUUCAGAGGUCAUCAACAGAUUCAAUCAGAAGUUCAUCACACCUUACAGCAACCAGAUGGCCACCAAGACAGCCAGCGCCCAGUAUGAUGACAGCUAUUUGGGCUACUCUGUGACGGUUGGUGACUUUAAUGAGGACGGUGUGGAUGAUUACGCCACUGGAGUUCCCAGAGGGGAGAAGGCUCUGGGUUAUGUGAACAUUUUUAAUGGAAGAAACAUGGAGUCCAUGGUGAACUUCACCGGCCAGCAGAUGGCUGCCUAUUUCGGGAAUGCAGUGGCAGCGACUGACAUCAAUAACGAUGGGUUUGUGGAUCUGUUAGUCGGGGCUCCUCUCUUUAUGGAGCGUGGUUCUGAUGGUAAACUGCGCGAGGUUGGACAGGUGUAUGUUUACCUGGGCAAAGGUGGGUUCUCCUUCAACCCCCCAUCAAAGCUCACAGGAUCAGAGAUUUACGCUCGAUUCGGCAGCGCCAUCACCAGCCUGGGGGAUCUGGACAUGGACGGCUUUAAUGAUGUGGCCAUCGCUGCCCCGUAUGGAGGUUCUUCACGACAGGGUCUGGUCUACAUCCAUAAUGGGCGUUCCUCAGGGCCCGAUCCUCAGCCCUCUCAGGUUCUGGAGGGAAAGUGGGCAUCGGCCUCGAUGCCUCCCAGCUUUGGAUACUCCAUGCACGGAGCCACAGAUAUAGAUCAGAACGGAUACCCUGAUCUGGUGGUCGGUGUGUUCGGAGCUGACAAAGCUGUUCUGUACAGGGCUCGGCCGGUUAUCAGCGUGAACGCCACUCUGGACAUCAGUCCACAGAUCCUGAGCCCAGAGGAGAAGAAAUGCCUUCUGCCUAGAACCGACACCAUGGUGUCCUGUUUCAUGGUGAAGUACUGUCUGAAGGCCAGCGGUAAAGGAGCGCCGUCCACUCUCAAAUUCCAGGUGGAACUGACUCUGGACCGUCUGAAGCAGAAAGGAGCAAUUAAGCGUGUUCUGUUCAUGCACACUCAACAGCCUCAGUACACCAAGUUCACCACCGUGUCCAACGGUCAGCGGCCAUCCUGCGAGGAACUGCAGGCAUAUCUCAUAGAUGACUCUGAGUUUAGAGAUAAGAUCACUCCUAUUUCCAUAUUUAUGGAGUACAGUCUGGACUAUGAGAGUGCGAUGGAUAAAACUGGCCUUCGGCCCAUCCUGGACCAGUCCACCCCCGCCAACCUCACCAAACAGGCGCACAUUCUGCUGGACUGUGGUGAUGAUAAUAUCUGUAAGCCUGACCUGAAACUGGAUGUGGUCAGUGAUCAGAAGCAGAUCUAUAUUGGAGAUGAUAACCCUCUGACCCUGGAGAUCAGCGCAGUGAAUGGAGGUGAGGGGGCGUAUGAGGCAGAGCUGCACGUCAUCAUGCCUCCACAGGCCGACUUCAUUGGAGUGGUGAGGAACAGUGAGACGCUGUCCCGGCUCUCCUGUGCUUAUAAAAAAGAGAACCAGACCAGAGUCGUCUGUGAUCUAGGAAACCCCAUGAAAGGAGGAACCAAGAUUAUGGCUGGUUUGCGCUUCAGUGUCCAUCAGCUGUCAGAGCAGGACACCUCCGUCAAGUUCGAUCUGCUGAUACAGAGUUCAAAUCAGUACAACAACACUAGCAACCUGGUGUCCAUCGUCACGAAGCUCGCUGUUUUGGCAAAAGUGGAGAUACGAGGUGUUUCUGCCCCUGAGCAGAUUUUCCUACCCAUUGCUAACUGGCACCCCAAAGAGAAGCCAGUUGUGGAGGAUGAUAUUGGACCCCUCGUCCAGCACAUCUAUGAGUUGCGGAAUAAAGGUCCGAGCACAUUCACCAAGGCCAUGCUGGACGUGGAGUGGCCUUACCGCUUCAACAACGGCUCUCUGCUCUACAUCACCAAAUACGAGGUGGACGGGCCCAUGAACUGCAGCACUGACAUGGAGAUCAACCCACUCAACGUCUCUAACCCCAUGUACUGGGAUAAAAACGUGACCAUAAUAUCAGGCGACCGGACGGACGGGCGGAACAGGAACCACGUUCAUCGCCGGGACCUGAAGGACCAGCGGGACGACGGGGACAAGCUCACCCUGGACUGUGAGAAGGCUCAGUGUUUGAAGAUUAAGUGCCAGGUGGGCCGUUUGGAGAGAGGUCAGAGCGCCAUCCUGUACAUCUACUCCAGACUGGCAGUGGCCACCUUCCUGCAGGCUGAGAGUCAGAACCGCUCAUACACCGUGAACUCUUUGGCCACGUUCAACGUGAUCGAGAUGCCGUAUAAAAACCUGGAUUUUGAGCUGCCAGGCAACAGGACCUCUGCCAGUCUGAAAGUGGUGUGGAGCAUUAAUCCGCCGGAGCCGGCGCCUGUGUGGGUAGUGGCUGUGGCCGUGUUGGCCGGCCUGCUGCUGCUCACUCUGCUCAUCUUCAUCAUGUACAAGCUGGGCUUCUUCAACCGCGUGCGUCCGCCUCAGGAGGACGGGACGGAGAAAGAGCAGCUCCAGCCGCAGGAGAACGGCGACAGAAACACUGAAGCCUGAGAGAUUCGUCCCCCGAAAACACUCAUCCUCUAACUUUCCCUCCACCCACGCCGAGACUGCAGAGACACUCCAGACCGCGACGAGACGUCCAUGAGCACCGGCAGCACGUCAGAGUUCUCCAAACAUUCAGACCAGAGGCAGAGAUCUGCUCUGGAUGGUUAAUAUUAGGGAUGGGCAUCUGAGUAGCUGCAUUUCUGAACCGAUAACAUCCGAAUAUCCCAGCACAGAAAUUUGUCUUGGGGCAAACUUUGCUCUAGUGCUCAUUAUAAGGCAGAUGUAACGGCCACACCCACUUUUUAAAAGCCUGUAUAUCUUAGAAACGAAUGAAUAUGCAAGCCUGAAAGGUUUACCAUUAGUUCACUGCGUGCCGUUUGCAUAAGCCUGACUUUUUGGUUGACUUAAUGAUUCAUCUCUGUGUUUCAUCUGGCGUAGUUUGACCUGUAGGUCAAAUCGAUAACUUUACACCUUACAAAUUUAUUCCGCUUCAGAAUAUUUCCGUACUCAGCUCUGCGUAAAUGUGGCUGUUCUGCAGCAAAGUUACUUAACAUGCCUCGAUUAUACCCAGUUAAUUUCAUUCUUAUUCAUGUACGUGAUUCAGUUAAUCAGACGCUAAAAAGAGCUUCCAUGUAUUCUAAUAACCACGCCCAUCCCUAACGAGCGUAGCGUGCUGUGGGAGGCGUCUGGACGAUUCUGCUGUGGUCAUUUGGAUGAAUCAUACGGUACAGCACUACCUGCAGUGGUGUGGUGGUUCUAAGACUGAAGACUGUGUUACUGAGGCUGAUGCCAUUUCCCCCUCCAGCUGCUGCUGGACCUUCUCCCCCUUAACCCACUGCAGCAUUUCCCAGUCCUGCUCCUAAAUCCUGCUGAACAAGAGAGGCAAACUGAAAAGUGUGUAGCCAGUCAUUAGAUGAAUUAAAGCUGAAAUAACACUAUUUUUUUCAAUUUCAACCAAAACAAGUAAGAUGAGUUGUUAGAAAUGGGCCAAGUCACGAUUAUUGUGUAAUUAUAAUGCCUGCACGCGAAUAUUUUAGGGGGGUUUGUAGCUGUUUAAAUAUUUUUCCACAGAUUUAACGUCAAAGUGAUGCGUUUAUGUUAAAAAAAAAGCGACAGAGUGUAAACAAGUGCAAACUUUGCUUCUCUGCUUUUGCUCAUCUUCUAAAAGUGGACACAGGUGUAGAAAAAGCUCCGACUUUGAGACGACAGUUUAUCCCAGAGUGUGUUUACAUGCACUUGCUAAUCCGAUAACUGCAGAAAAUCAGAUUUUUGUCAGUAAUCUGAUCGUGUUUACAUGAUCGAGUGACCAGGUAAAGGGGAAACUCUGUGUCUACGUGAGGCAGACAGUAGUCAGAUUUCUGCGGUAGGACCAGCCGAUAAACUCACAGAAGGCGACGCGGCGUAAACGUAGAGUCAACCUCAAACUUCACGUGGCUUUCUGAAAACAUCGAGUCACUUUACCUGAAAAUAUGAACGCGCAUCACCUAGACGCUGAAUUUAAAACCCUUCAUUUCGUCAAGCAUGUGUUUGCUUUCAGCGUCGCUCCAAAAGUGUUUUUCGCUUAUUUCCGGUCCCGCCGCCUGUUUUCGCUCAUGCUCAGACUGAGAAAUGCGAAAGAAAUCAGAGUGAGAGCUCACAGCACUGAGACAUCUGAUCGCUGAGCUCAAAUCCAGCCUCUAUCAGAGUUCUAGGUCAGAGUGUCGUGUUAACAUGGCCUUUUGAACAAUCCGAUAACUGCAGAAAUCUGAUUCUGAUCGCAUUACUGAGUGCAUGUAAACACACUCACUGAUGCAGCUCAUCAGCUCAUCAAUCAUCCCUUCACGAGGUGAACUUGAGUGCAUCACGGCAGGAGAUCCGUAAAACGCGCCGCCUCUGCAGGAGCGAGACUGAGAAAUGCUGCUCUACUGCACUGACUUUCAACAGGUUUGAGCUCUCACUGUCCUCAGAUGUUAGAAUUAAAGUAGAGAUUUGCGAUAAAUUAGCGAAAUAAUGAGGGAAAGAGAGAAGAAUACAGAUUUAAGGCCUGAGAUUACAGCCGAACUGAAAUGCUGCCAUGAAAUAACGUUUUAUGAUGAAAUGAUCUGCAGUGCUUUUGUAUAUUUUCAGUGCUGGUGCCAAGAGUGUUUUUUUUUUUUUCUUCUUUUUUUGGUGGGGAUAUUGUAUUUUUAGAGGUACCUUAUAAUAUAUUGCUUAAUGGUCUAACAAACGUCCUGCCAUUCUUCCCUUUGCUGGACUCCUGUUGAUUUCACAUUUCAGAGCUGAACGCAUUAUUUAAUGUAAGAUUUAAUAUCUGGUGUCACUGUUAUUAAUGCAUUACUCCUUUUCUUUCAUUUUUGGGCUUUGGACUCAUUUUUGCUGUUUAAACUAAGCAUUUUGUUCCUUUUUUCCACUCCAGAGCAGAUCAGUGCCAGUUUCAUCCGAUUUAUAUAGUCGAAUUUAUAUUUUCCUGUGAAGUAGUAAUAAUAAAAGAUGCAGGUAUGAUGCAGAUAGAGGCCCUGCACGCUUGACUGAUUUGACCGCAAGUGCAAAAAUGCUUUAAACAUAAUUGCAUAUUAAGUUUUCACAUUUUGCACGGCCUGCGAUUUUUAUAUUGUGAAUAAUAUGAGAACAGAAGCACAAAAUUGCUGAGUCCCUCUAUUUUUGUACAAAUAGGUUUAAGUUUCACUCCAAUAAAUGCUGUAAAGGCUCUAUUUGGUCGCAGUAGCCGUUCACUUUCGUUUAAAGGAAAGAAAUCAACAUUUUUGUGGUUUCACCACCGUUUCAGUACAAAAUAUGAAGCAAAUAGAAAACCAGCACCGCUGCGAUGCCUUCAGAGAACAACCGGUCGUGUGCAAAAGUUUGUGCACCCCCGGUCAAAUGAAAUGUGUUGGUAAGUGUAAAUAUGUGGACACUACAGAGAACACGCUUCGGCACAUUUCAGUGCAAAAUUAUUGUUAAGUAGCUUUAGUUUUCCCUGUAGGGGGCGUGUUUAACUUACUUUACUCCAAAAAUCAACGAAACGUGUAAAAUUAAAACGACUAUUUUAUUACAUUCGGACACACGAGGCUAAAACUGUGCUGAAUAUCACUGUUUCUACUGUAAACCCCUUUAGUGCUUGACUUUUGUCCACAUUAGGCCAGGUUUUUGUCUUUAGAUGGGUCUAAAGUUAGUUGGCAUAUAUACUGUAAGUCUCACUCCUGCACAAGAAAAGUCACCUUUUUAUAAUGUAGCCAUUUUUUUAAUGUUGGUGUAUAAUUGUCUGUAAGAAUUUACCCAUAUUGGGUUUCAACAAACGCAAGGUUGGAAUUCAUCACUCUUCAGUUUUCCGCUUCCACACCGGUCUGAUCUCUUUCUGUUCCUUUUAGUUUGAGGAUUAACGAGUAGCUGAAUGGUGUCCUAGAGCAAUACAUCUGUAAAUCAAAGCACUGGUGAAUAUGAUUCUAAUCUACAGCAUCUUCAGCGGUCACUAUUGUGUCUAUUUGGUCAUUAAUGUUUGGCGCUAAUAUGUUUCAGGUAGACAGUAUGUUGACUUACAUAACUGAAAUAAAUGGAUUUAUUGAUUUUGUUUAGA